AUGGCGUUCAGACUUGACCCUCGCGGAGAUCUUCCUCCUUCUAACAUUCUGCCGGCCUCAUACUACUCCGAUCGUCGAGCCACCACGUAUACCAUGCCCUUCAAGAAGCACAAGCAAAAGCCAUGUUAUGACUGGAUCUUCUCCACGGCAUCCAAUGUACACAUAGCUGUCGACCAUGCCGCGUUCAAGACGUACAUGCCUUUCAAGUCAUACGUCCUCACAGUCGCAGAUCAAAGCCAUGUAUCAGUCAAAGGCAUUGGUUCGGUCGAGCUCAAAAUCCGACGGGCCCCCGGGAGUAAAGACAGCCACACAAUCUUCCUGGAAAAUGUCCUUCACGUACCAGAUUGGAUGUGCAACAUCAUCUCGGACAUUUGUUUGGAGCCAGCAAUGACUUACGAACACACCUGGACAGAAUUCGGAGUGAAUUUUUUCAAGAAAGACAAGGGUGCCUUCCGACCGUGGGGCUACACCGAGAACUUCUGUGGACUCGAUCGCCUCGUACUGUCUCACAACAAGCGAGGACAUAGUCCGAUGUUGGAAGAUCCUGAUCGGGAGGUUUUUUCCGUCAGCGUGAUGUGGCCACAAAGCCAAAAGGACAGAUGGGUUCUUUCUCUCGUGGGAGACAUCACGUCGAAUAUCGACCGCGACGAGCGUGUCUCCAGAAGAAAGAAGAUGGGUGAAGAGGUGAGCGGCGGCAAAAGAGGCUCCAAAAGCGUCACGAUGGAAAACUCAAAGUGGAAGCUGGCCCCCGACACAAACAGGAUCAAACAGUCCGCCAGUGCCAUGAUUGAGGGCAGUAAAAGACCAGAGUUGUUGCCAAGAGGUUCAAGUCUGAUGCUGGAGAGCCACAUGUGA